AUGAGAGAAAGUUACAAUAAAUAUUUUAAAAUAAAAACAGAGCUUUUAGCUUCGCAAAUUUUAAACGAAGAAAAUGGAAAUUUAAAUAAUUUAACUCAAAUUUGUGAUUUUAAUUCUACCGACAAUGGAAAAUGUGAUUUGAAUAAUGAAAGUAAAAAAGACAAUUGUCAAUUGAACACUCAUGAUAAAAAUGUGAAUAAUUCAAAUGAAUCUAUUAAUAAAAUAGAUCCUAAAACAUGGGGUGAAAAUUUAAAUGUUCCUAAAGAAAAUAAGAAGCCUAAAAUUGAAAAAUGCAAUUCGAUGAGUGUUCUCUCUCAAAAAUUAUUCAAAGGUUCAAAAUUUAAUAAAAGGAAUCCGAGAAAAAAGCCAUCAUUUAAUAAAACAUUAUCGACAAGUAGUUUACAAGAAAAUUCAACUUUAGAAACGACUAAUUUAAACUCAUCAUCUCUGAGUAGUAAUUGUGCUGAAGAAAAUAAUGAUAAUAAAAGCGAUGGCAUAUGCGACUCCAGAGAAUCAGGAUUAGAAUCAAUAUCGACAUCUUCAUUAUCAUCUUCAUCAAUGUCAAUAUCACCACUGUUAACAUCCUCUGUGUUACCUUCAUCAGGUUCACUAAUUGAACGAUGUUCAUUCAUUGAUGGGAAAACAACUCCUAAUGUACAAAAAUUUAAUUUUUUACAAGACAUGACAUCGAGACAACUUUCAACAUUUCAAGAAGAUUGGGUUGAACGUUGUACCAAUUUUGAUGAUAAUAUAAAACCUCAAAGAAAUUCAGAUUCAGGUUUCGAUUCGAUUGCAUCAGAAGAAGUCAAAUUAAAUAAUGAAAAAAGUUUAUUUUCAGACAAUAACGAUGACGAUGAUGAUGACGUCAUUUGUGGUAGUGAUAAUGAAUUAAAUAAAGAAGAUAAUAAUAUUAUAAGUUUAAGUCAAAAAAGAAAAUCUCAGGUACUUCAAGAUGAAAAUUCUAGUCAAGAAAAAUCUCAUAAUGACAAAAUGGGAAAUUUUUCAUUUCAUCAUUUGUUGAAUUCCGCGACGACACACGUUACGAAAAAAUUCAAAAUGGACGCGUCGUCUGAAACCACUUUAAAAUCCUCAUCGUACAACAAUGAGGAAAAUGCAAAAAUGAAAAUCUUAGAAAGGAAAAUACAAUGUGGAACUUUAAACGAUAAUUAUGUUAAAUUAAAUUUAGAAAAGAAAACAUAUGCCAGAGGUAAAAAAAAAUUUAACUUUUCAAAAUAUAAAAAACAAAAAUGGAAAAAAGAUAAAAAGGCAUUGAAUAGCGAAAGAGAAAGCGGUGGAAUAUUGGAAUGUUUCACGUGUGGGGAAAAAGGACAUUUUAGCAGAAAUUGUAAAAAAAAUAAAGAAGAUAAAUUAUUAGAUGUUGACGAUGAGUUUGAGAAUGAUUGCGACGUUCAUUUGCCCACAUUGGAAGAAGCUCGAGCAUUGGCAGAAGAAAAGGGAAAACAAUAUCAAUUUAAUCAUAAAAAUAUUUUUAACCUUCAAGAGCCGUCGGAAGAAAUCAUCAACUUUGGUAAAGUGGAGCCUUUGUAUGAGUUAAAGGAAAAUGGUGACGUCAUAGAAACUCCUCCCGAAGUGUACGAAGCUUUGGAAAAAUUCGGUCAUACCUAUUUCCGUCCCGGACAAGAAGAAACAAUAAUGAGAAUGCUUAGCGGUCUUUCGACAUUAUUAAUAAUAUCGACAGGAGGGGGUAAAAGUCUCUGUUAUCAACUUCCUGCUUAUCUUUAUGCUAAACGUAGCAAAUGCAUAACUCUUGUCAUAUCUCCAUUAGUGUCUCUCAUGGAAGAUCAGGUUUCCGGAUCAUCAUGUUCGUUUUUUAAAAUCGGAUGUUUGCACACGGGUUUAACUGAUAGACAACGUGAAAACGUUUUGGAAAAUACUAAAAAUGGUAAAUUGCACGCUCUUCUCGUGUCACCCGAAGCCAUCGUGUCCGGAGAUUCAUCGAAAGGUUUCGGAAGCAUAUUGAAACAAUUGCCCCCCAUCGCUUUUGCUUGCAUAGACGAAGUUCAUUGCAUAUCCCAGUGGUCGCAUAAUUUCAGGCCGUCUUAUUUGAUGGUCAACAAAGUUUUGAGGGAAAAAUUCGGCAUCGCGACCGUUUUAGGACUCACGGCGACGGCAACCGUAUCGACGAUACGAAGCAUAACGAGGGAACUUAAAAUAGAAUCGGAAAAAGGUGUGAUCAAAGACAUUCCCAUACCUGACAACAUAUUAUUAUCCGUGUCCGUAGACGAUGAUAAAGACGAAGCUUUAAUUAAAUUAUUGACGAGUGAAAAAUUUCAAGAUUUCAAUUCUAUAUUGAUUUAUUGCACGAGGAGAGAUGAUUGCGAACGCCUCGCGACCUACAUACGAACGGUUAUGCAAAAUUUUUUCGAUUGUAACGAAACUCAUAAGAAAAAAAACAGGAAAUUAUCGUGGACGGCGGAAUCGUAUCACGCGGGAAUGGCGGGACCACGACGGAAACAAGUACAAAAAGCAUUCAUGAAUGGAAACGUUCGAAUAGUCGUCGCGACCGUGGCUUUCGGUAUGGGUAUAAAUAAAAAAGACAUACGAUCCGUCAUUCAUUACAACAUGCCUAGAGAUUUCGAAAGUUACGUGCAAGAAGUCGGGAGAGCGGGAAGAGACGGGAUGUUUGCUCACUGUCAUCUAUUUCUAGACCCGAACGGAAAAGAUGUUAACGAAUUGAAACGACACAUAAAUUCGAAUACCAUCGAACGUCACGUACUGCGAAAAUUAUUGGAAAGAGUUUUCGUUAAGUGCGAUUGUCCGAACGUGAAAAAUCAAAAUGGAUGCACCACGCACGAAAGCGGUUUCGAUAUGAAAAAAACGGUUCAAGCAUUGGACACGCCGGAAGAAAACAUACUCACUCUAUUAUGCUAUCUAGAAUUGGACGAUAGGAAAUUCGUUAAGGUUUUACCGCCCGCGUAUUUAAAUUGUAAAAUAAAAAGUUACAACGGUUUGAACAAGAUAAGAACGUCGGCGUUCAAGUGUCCCCCACUGGCAUACGCGUUCGCACUCGACGAAAACCAAACGAAAAGAAAAAAAUGUAAUUAUUUGGAUUUUAACGUCAUCGACGUAUCGAACGGUAUCGGAUGGAAAAGUUCGAUAGUCAAAAGUCAAUUGAAAAAUCUCGAAUGGGAAACGGACGAUAGGGGAACGUGGAAAAAAACCGGGAUAUCCGUAGAAUUUUCCGAUUUGGGUUUUAGAGUUUUGACGAGGGGAGACAUGAGUCCGUCGGAACUCGACGAAAGUUUAGAAUGUCUCGUGAAAAGAGUAGAAAAUCAAGAGAAAAGAUCCACGGAGUGUUUGAACCUUAUUUACAACGUACUAGAAUAUUAUUCUCAUGGAAAUUUCGAACAAGUUUUAAAUGUUGGUGGAGUAGGAGGAGGAGCAGGUACGACGACGACGACGACGACGAUUGAAAAAAGCAAAGAAUUGAAAAACGAAAUAAGACGUUAUUUCGAAACGGAAAAAAUAAGCGAAGAAAUACCGUUGAAAAAUUUUCAGAUCGAAAAAUUCGACGAAGAAAUCGUCGCGAAUGACGUGAGAACUUUACUGAACACGUAUCGUGAUAACACGUUCAAUGCACGUGCCGUAGCAAGAAUAUUUCACGGUAUACAAAGUCCAAAUUAUUUGGCAUCCACGUGGUACAAUUGUAAAUAUUGGAGAAAACAUUUGGAUAAAGAUUUCAACGAGUUAUUGACGAUCGCGAAACGCGAAAUACUUCUCUGGAAAUUAUAA